UCUUCAAUUGAAUAACCGAAGCAUCCAAUCUACAAAAUAUGAAGACCAUCUUUGUUCUUGCUGCUUUGGUAGCUUUCGCUACCGCCUCAGCCAUCCCGGAUAGCCGUGCCCUGAAGGACGACUUCCAGGAGUUCUUAGAUCUGGUCCCGGUCGAUGGACUGCUCAGCGUGGCCUUGAAGUACCUCACCACCGACAAGGAGUUCAAGGAGUUCUUCGGAUACCUCCAGGGAGAGGAAUUCUCCGCCGUUUGGGAUCAGGUCUUCGCUCUGGCGGAGGUCAAGGAUGUGUUGAACUACCUGGAGGAUGCUGAUCUGGCCGUGUACGAUGCAUUAAACACCGUUGCCGAUUUCCUGGGCCUAAAUCAUGUAAACCCAGCCAUCAUGAGCUUCAAAGCCGGAGGAUUGAAUGGAUUCUUCAACGAAGCUGUUGGCCUCUUGCCUCUGGAUAAGUUCGAAGCUCUAUUUGAAGAGAAAUUGAAGACUAGCCCUGAGUUCAAAGCAUUCUUCGAGAAGCUGCGCAACCUCGAUUACCACAAAUUUGAAGAACUGCACAAUAACUCCAAGGAACUCCAGGCAUUUUUGCAGAAGCUACGAAACUACGGACUCGAUGUUGAUGGUUUCUUUGAUCUCGUUGCCGGAUUUUUCGGAUGGGGAAGAUAUUAAACUGUGAUAAAUAUGCUUUACCAGAUCAAAUACAGCUUUUAAGUAGUUUGAUACUUAAGAAUGUGAUUAAAAUCAGUAUAUA